AUUUAUUAAUUUUAUUAUAUUUACCGAUAAAUUAUUCUUCGUUCUUUCCGUUCCAACGAAAAACAGAAUUGUGACAGCGAUUCGUCCCGGCUAUAAAUACCUCCCUCCCUCGCAUAUAUUUAUUCGUAAUCCCGUUGCGAUCCGAAAAUCAAGUUCAAGUCUCAAGAGAAAAUUGCUCGCUGAACUGGUAUUGGAAUUUGCUCGUCAAGGUUCGUUAAUGGCGAAAAGCGUUCUGGUCACCGGCGGAGCCGGUUACAUCGGCAGCCACACCGUGCUCCAGCUCCUCCUCGGCGGUUUCAAGGCCGUCGUCGUCGACAAUCUCGACAACGCCUCCGAACCCUCCAUUCACCGCGUCAAAGAACUCGCCGCUGAUUUCGGCCAUAACCUUUCCUUUCACAAGGUAGACCUCCGCGACAAACCGGCGCUUGAGAAAAUCUUCUCUGAAACACAAUUUGAUGCGGUCAUACACUUUGCUGGACUGAAAGCAGUGGCUGAAAGUGUUCAGAAACCACUAACGUACUAUAACAACAAUUUGAUUGGAACAAUUACUCUGUUGGAAAUCAUGGCUGCACAUGGAUGCAAAAAGCUUGUCUUCUCGUCAUCAGCUACUGUCUAUGGUUGCCCAAAGGAAGUUCCUUGUACAGAAGAGUCCGCCCUCCAAGCAGUCAAUCCGUAUGGACGUACUAAGCUUUUUAUUGAAGAAAUCUGCCGUGACAUUUACCAGUCAGACCCAGAAUGGAAAAUUAUAUUGCUCCGAUACUUCAAUCCUGUUGGAGCACACCCUAGUGGAUAUAUUGGGGAGGACCCUCGUGGAAUUCCAAACAAUCUGAUGCCAUUUGUGCAACAAGUUGCUGUUGGCAGGCGUCCAGCCUUGACAGUGUUUGGAAAUGAUUACUCUACAAAAGACGGAACUGGGGUUCGUGACUACAUUCAUGUGGUUGAUUUAGCUGAUGGACACAUUGCUGCAUUGCAGAAACUUGAAGAUGCUAAGAUAGGUUGCGAGGUGUACAACUUGGGAACUGGAAAAGGAACAUCGGUGUUGGAGAUGGUUGCAGCAUUUGAAAAGGCUUAUGGAAAGAAAAUUCCUCUAGUGAUAGCUGGGCGAAGACCUGGUGAUGUCGAAAUUCUCUUUGCAUCAACAGAGAAGGCAGAAAGGGAAUUGAACUGGAAGGCAAGAUACGGCAUCGAUGAGAUGUGCCAGGAUCAAUGGAAGUGGGCUAGCAAAAACCCCUACGGUUAUGGAUCUCUGGACUCGGACAACUGAAAGCUGAUACUUGUAACAAUAUAUGCAUUUAACUUUCGGUAACCUCUGGACUCGGACAACUGAAAGCUGAUACUUGUAACAAUGUAUGCAUUUAACUUUCGGUUCAAGUUAGUAGUGGUCAUUCGUCGCCCGCGGUGUCUAGCUUUGGCCAUUGUAUGAAUAUUAGUAAUAACCCUCAGCUUUUGUUGGCAUACCUUCAAGCUGAUAACCAUUGAGGUGUAACCAUUAUAGAUUAAUUUAUAGUAAAUGAAAAGGGUCCAUUUCUUUUGAUCUA